AUGCUGCCAAAUAAUUAAAUAGUGUAAAGAAAUGAUGUUAAAAUGAGACGUAUGAUCCACAAUACAUUCAUAUAGGAAUCAAUGUUCUAAUUUUUUUGAGUAUCUCAGCUAUGAUCAUGUACUCGGUAACUUUUAUUGCUGAUUCUGAUGUUCAUAAUAAUAGUAUAAAUAAGUGCUUAAAUGAAUAGGAUAAUAAAUAAAUAAUUAAUUACUUUUGUAUGCAUAUUAUUGAUAAUAGAAAAUUCAUCUAAUAAUCCUUCAGCUGAAUGCUUAUUAUACAAAAUUUUUGUAGUUUUUUCUGAAAGAUAUUUUACAGGAUUGCUUAAUAAAACUUAUACAAAUUUCCUAGUUUAUAAGAAUGAUUAGUUAGAACCAAAUUUUAAUAUCAGUGUACAUUUUUCUUAAAGUCCAUUUGAUAAUGCAUAAUAAAAAUUUCAAUUUGAUUUAAAUUUUACUGAAUAUGUAAAAACCUUCAAUACACCAUUAAUUUUAUAAUUAAAAAAUAAUGAUUUAAAUGGUAUUAAUUAAAAUGAUAAACAUUAGGUUGUUAAAAUGAAUUAACUAUGGAUAUAAAGAAUACUAAUAAUAAUAAUAUGAAUAUAAAUCUUGCUGAAUAAUUCGUUAUAGAUUUAAGAGUAGAUACAUACUGUUUAAAUGUUCAUUAAAGCUUUUUCGGUUAAGUGAAAGAUCAAACAGAAAUGAUUAUAACUUACUCAUUUAUGAAAAAAAUCGUUUUUGUGUGUUGUAUGAUUCAUAUUUUAAGAAUACUAAAUGCUUUGAUUGCAGGCUUAGAUAAUCUUGAGGAAUACAACAUGAUUUCUAUAGGCUUAGUUAUGGUUCAAGAUUUAUUCAUGUUCCAUUUGAAUCACUUUUAAGAAGAGCAAUCAAAAUAUUUAUUUUAUAAUUUCAUAAUUCCAUCAUUUCUUCAAAAUAUUUUAGUCUAGAUUUUUGAAAUUAGGAUUAGAAAUAAUUAAAGUUUUAGAAAUUAAGUGAUAAAAUUUUACUCCAUUUUAUACUUUUGUAUGAUUGCAAAUUUGUACUUGAUUUAUCACAACAUUCUAUCAAAAUGGUUACCAGUUAUCUUAAGUAUGAAUUUAUUACCAUUAAUAAUUCAUUCUGCUUAAUAAGAAUAAUUUUUAAGAUUUAAUUUUAAAUUUAUUUUAGGAUUUUUUAUACCAAGAUUACAUUAUUAUGUUUACUUUAGAAUUUUUUGGAAUAAUACAUUUUCUUUAAAUCUCAGAUGGCUUAUUUGCAUAAUUAAUAGUUCGUCAAUAUAAAUUGUAGUAUAUAAUUUAUAAUAAAAAUUGGAACAUAAAUUUUUUGUACCUAAAGUUUGUUUUCCAAAAAAAUAUAAUUAUUUCUAAAAAAUAAAAACUACAUUUGACUAAAAAGAAUGUUCCUCUUCAGAAUAUGCAGUAAAAUUAUUGAUUUUUAUUAAUUUAGCAUUUAUUGAACGAGGAAUGUUCCAUUUGUCUGGAAGAUCUUGAUUCAGUUCCUACUAUAAAAUUAACUCAGGAAGAUGAAAGAAAUUUAAAAAUAAAGGAAGUUAUGAAUAAAUAGUAAAAUUAUUAUAUGAAAACUCCAUGUGUAUUAAAAAAAGUAAUUAUUAAAGGAUCAUAAAUUCCAUGUAUUUUGUCUAGUCAAAUGGAUGUAAAUAUAAUUAUCAUGUCCUAGUUGUAGAUAAUAAUUGUAACCUUUAUGA